ACUGGGACUGACGUUUUGAAGGCGUGUCUGGACUCUCCAUGAGAAAACCUGCCAGUAGCUCAGGUUUGUUUCAGCCAGGAAAAUGUUCGCGGUUAGCUUUGUGGUUUAGCUUUCCUUGGAUUCUGCUGUGGGAAGUUAUGCUCCAUGGAAAUGAAGACAUUAUGGGAGCUCCAUCAGUUCAUUUGGCCAGAUUUUUCUGCCAGCACAAAUUGGGCUCUUCUGUGAGAGUGAAGAAACCUGGUUCCUGUGUUACAUAUGCAAUGUGGCUGAAGAUACAUCUACUUAUUGUCCUCCUCUCAGGUCAAGCGUUUGGUCAACUAACCUCCACUGCUCCCUCCAGCAUUGCCACAUCAACAACAGCUGCACAAACCUCAGUUGUUUCAAACUCCCAUGCUGCUUCCUCUACUUUUCACACUUCUACAAGUACAGCAGUUUCUGAUAGUCAAUCUUCUGCUGCUUCAUCCAUCAUUCCAACUUCUGCAACCAUCACACCGACCCCAGUGUUUUAUUUCCUUGAUGUCGACGUGGAUGUCACUGGACUGAGUAAGAAUGAAUCCGACAUCAUUGCCUGGCUUGGCCAGGUUUUCCGAAAUGAGCUGGGGCGCUGCUUGUUUCCAUACGCAGGAGCAACAACUACAGCACCCACAUCUCAGCAAACUGUGAAUGUGACAGAACAAGUGGCAACAACACAGACUAAUAAAUCAACAACAGCAUUUUAUACUUUACCGCAAAACCUUAGUGCAGCUACAGAUGUACCAACAGUGUUACAGGGCAACAUAACAACUAAGGCUGCAACAAUGCUAAAUGGUAACGACACAACAGCAAUGGAAGCAAUGAUAAAUAGUAAUAUCACAACUCCAGCUGCAACAGCAACACCAGUAACUGAAAACGUCACAACAUCAGCUUCAAUAACAAUGUUACAUGACAACACAACAACCACAGCUGCAGCAACUACAACACUGAAUGACAACAAAACAACAGCGACAUCAAAGGCAUCAAUCAGCAACACAACAGUUACAGCUGCAGGAACUACAGCAUUUGAUGGCAACAUGACAACUACAGCUGCAUCAACUACUGCAACACAAAGCAACAUGACAACUACAGCUGCAUCAACUACUGCAACACAAAGCAACAUGACAACUACAGCUGCAUCAACUACUGCAACACAAAGCAACAUGACAACUACAGCUGCAUCAACUACUGCAACACAAAGCAACCUGACAACUACAGCUGCAUCAACUACUGCAACUGCAACACAAAGCAACAUGACAACUACUGCUGCAUCAACUACUGCAACACAAAGCAACAUGACAACUACAGCUGCAUCAACUACUGCAACACAAAGCAACAUGACAACUACAGCUGCAUCAACUACUGCAACUGCAACACUAAGCAACAUGACAACUACCGCUGCAUCAACUACUGAAACACAAAGCAACAUGACAACUACAGCUGCAUCAACUACUGCGACACUAAGCAACAUGACAACUACAGCUGCAUCAACUACUGCAACUGCAACACAAAGCAACAUGACAACUACAGCUGCAUCAACUACUGCAACACAAAGCAACCUGACAACUACAGCUGCAUCAACUACUGCAACACAAAGCAACAUGACAACUACAGCUGCAUCAACUACUGCAACACUAAGCAACAUGACAACUACAGCUGCAUCAACUACUGCAACACAAAGCAACAUGACAACUACAGCUGCAUCAACUACUGCAACACAAAGCAACAUGACAACUACAGCUGCAUCAACUACUGCAACACAAGCAACAUGA